AUGAAUAAUGCACAUUUUUGGUACUUGUCAUUUGACGCCUAUUCCGAUAAAGAAGAAAUCUGUAAUUUAUGUUGUCGUCUAUUAAGUAAAAUUGUUAAAAGACAACGUGAUCUUGAUGUUUCAUUCUUAGUCCACUUAUCUGAUCUAUCUCGAUUUUGGUUACAAUCCAAUGAAACAUCAAUUCACGAUAGUUACUAUGCUAUUUUAUGUUGUUUACCUGUUAAUAUUCUCACCAGUAAAUUUCCUACACAUGGUAUAUUGCUAUCGUCGAAAAAUGAUUAUUCUUGUUUUGCUAGCAUUGUUAAACGAAAUCAUAUGAAUAUACCAUAUUUGGGAACAUUUACAAAACAUUGUUUUAUUUUAAUAUUAGGUUAUAUAAUUACUUGUUAA